AUAGAAUGGGGUUUGAGGAGGCUACAAUUCGAAGCUAUGAAGAGCAAUCCGAUAGAGCUCAAGUGGAAGAUCUCGAGCGAAGAUGUGGGGUAGGGCCAGCAGAUCAACGAGUGUUACUCUUGACGGAUACUAUGGGUGACCCCAUUUGCAGAAUUCGAAACAGUCCGAUGUACAAGAUGCUGGUAGCGAUGUUGGACAAGGAAUUGGUCGGUGUCAUUCAAGGUUCUAUUAAGGUUGUCACGGUUGACAGGCCUCCCCCAAAGGAUCUAGCCAGGGUAGGCUACAUCUUAGGCCUAAGGGUUGCACCCCUCCAUCGACAAAAAGGGAUUGGCUCGAGUCUGGUGCGCCGGCUUGAGGAAUGGUUCGGUGCCAACGAUGUGGAUUAUGCAUACAUGGCCACUGACAAAGAUAACGGGGCCUCGGUUAAGCUCUUCGUGAACAAGUUUGGCUAUAUCAAGUUCAGGACUCCUGCUAUACUCGUUAACCCGGUUCACAAUCAGCCAUUUCGUAUUUCGUCCAACGUUGCGAUAGAGAAGCUCAAGAUAGAAGAAGCUGAAUUUCUGUACAGAAGAUUCAUGGCGUCCGUAGAGUUCUUCCCCCAUGACAUAGACAACGUGCUAAGGAACAGGCUAACUUUGGGGACAUGGGUGGCUUAUCCUAGAGGUGAGUGUUUUGGUUCUAAUCAUGGGCAGGUUCCGAGUAGUUGGGCCAUGCUUAGCGUAUGGAACAGCGGGGAGCUAUUCAAGCUAAGGCUAGGGAAAGCACCCUUAUCCUGCUUAAUAUACACAAAAAGCUCGAGUUUGAUGGAUAAGUUUUUCCCGUGCAUCAAACUGCCUUUCCUGCCGGAUUUCUUCCAUCCAUUUGGAUUCUACUUCAUGUAUGGGGUGCACCGGGAGGGUCCAAUGUCUGGAAAGCUGGUGAGGACUUUGUGCAAAUUCGUACACAACAUGGCUACAAAGUGUAAGGACUGUAAGGUUAUCGUAACAGAAGUUGCAGGUAACGACACCCUGAGACAUCACAUCCCACACUGGAAAUUGCUCUCGUGCCUGGAAGAUCUGUGGUGCAUGAAGGCCAUGAAAGUUGAAGAGAAAUACAGCCUCCAUGAAUUGACAAAAAGCCCACCAGCAAGAUCUCUUUUUGUAGACCCCAGAGAAGUAUGACGAACCAAAAAAAUAUUCCGACCUUUCUUUUCUUUGCCUAAGAGCCAAACCCCACCUCAUUUACUGUUUGAUAAGUCCAAUCCAUCUCUCCUGGGGUACUGGGGGUUUUCCUCUUGUUCCUUUCACAUCGGUGACACAAAAUCACACAAGAUUUCCUUAAAUAGGUGCCACCCGGCCCUUUGUUGUCCUUGUUCGCAACUAGAUUUUGCGCCUCAUGAAUCAGACUAAUCAAUAAGCUGGCGCAGUGGUCCAACUUUGUCUCCAUCCAUUCGGGUAAAAGUUUUAGUUGGACCAUCCCCCCUCUUUUGUCGAGUCCCAUCACACCAUCCAUCUCCCUAAUUACAUGCCAUAACAGCAUGCUGACAACUGAGAUUAAUUCCAUUCAAAUGAAAGGAUCGAGAACAUGAACAUCAUAUAUAUGUA